AGAAAAAUAAAUAUAAUUGAACAAAAAAACAAGCAGAUAAAAGGAAAAUUCCACUCCUAUAUUACACCUCCAACACAUUGGUAACAAGAGUUGAGCAACAGAUGUCUGAAAAUGAAUGAAAGUGGCAAUAUACUAUCCCAGACAUGAGGAAAAGAAAUCUAAAAUAUACAAUUCAAUAUAAUAAGAAAAAUAAAUAUAAUUGAAAAAAAAAACAAGCAGAUAAAAGGAAAAUUCCACUCCUAUAUUACACCUCCAAAACAUUGGUAACAAGAUUUGAGCAACAGAUCAACAGAUGUCUGAAAAUGAAUGAAAGUGGCAACAUACUAUCCCAGACAUGAGGAAAAGAAACUUAAAAUAUAUAAUUCGAUAUAAUAAGAAAAAUAAUUAUAAUUUAACAAAAAACAAGCAGAUAAAAGGAAAAUUCAACUCCUAUAUUACACUUACAACACAUUGGAAACAAGAUUUGAGCAAGAGAUGUCUGAAAAUGAAUGAGUAUGUAACUAUUGAACAGUUAACAAAUUCUUCAACCAAGGGAAAUAUUUAAAUAGACAUACAAAUCAUACUGACUAGUUGAGUCAUGUAGUUAGUUACUUGGUCCUGAUAAGUGUUUCUCAUAAUUCGAUAGUGAUAAGUAAAAAAUGUUUAACAUCAAUAAACAGCUCCCUUAUAAAUGUCCAGUAUGUUCAAUUAGCUUCUCAUCUCACUGGAAAAUGAGGACACAUAUAUUAGAGCAUACGGGUGAGCGGCCCUUUAAAUGUUUGAUAUGUGAGCAAACCUUUGUACAACUAAAGCUUGUAAAGAGUCAUUUGAUGAAACACUCUGAGGAGAGCCCUUAUAAGUGCUCUACAUGCGGAAAAUCUUUCACAACUAACAAUAAUAAGAAGAGACAUUCAUUGGUUCAUACUGGAGAGCGACCUUAUAAGUGCAGUACAUGCGGAAAAUCUUUCAAAACAAAAAAUGAAAUGAAAACACAUUCAUUGGUUCAUACUGAAAAGCGACCUUAUGAAUGCAGUACAUGCGGAAAAUCUUUCAAAACCCAAAAAGUUAUGAAAACACAUUCAUUGGUUCAUACUGAAAAGCGACCUUAUGAAUGCAGUACAUGCGGAAAAUCUUUCAAAACCCAAAAUACUAUGAAAAGACAUUCAUUGGUUCAUACUGGAGAGCGACCUUAUAAGUGCAGUUCAUGCGGAAUAUCCUUCAAAGAGCAAAGCAAUAUGAAGAGACAUUUAUUGGUUCAUACUGGAGAGCGACAUUAUAAGUGCAGUACAUGCGGAAAAUCUUUCCGAACCAAAAGUGCUAUGAAGAGACAUACAUUGGUUCAUACUGGAGAGCAACCUUUUAAGUGCAGUACAUGCGGAAAAUCUUUUACAUCCAAUUGCAAAAUGAAGGAACAUGCAUUAGUUCAUAGUGGAGAGCGACCUUAUGAGUGCAGUACAUGCGGAAAAUUGUUUACAUCCAAUAGCAAAAUGAAGGAACAUGCAUUAGUUCAUAGUGGAGAGCGACCUUAUAAGUGCAAUACAUGUGGAAAAUCCUUCAGAUAUAAAGGCAAUAUGAAUCAACAUACAUAUGUUCAUACCAGAGAGCGACCUUAUAAGUGCAGUACAUGCGGAAAAUCCUUCAAAUACAAAAACAGUAUGAAUGAACAUUCAUAUGUUCAUACUGGAGAGCGACCUUAUAAGUGCAGUACAUGCGGAAAAUCUUUCACAACCAAAACUUAUAUGAGAAAACAUACAUAUGUUCAUACUGGAAAGUGACCUUAUAAGUGCAGUACAUGCGGAAAAUCUUUCACAACCAAAACUUAUAUGAGAAAACAUACAUAUGUUCAUACUGGAAAGUGACCUUAUAAGUGCAGUACAUGCGGAAAAUCUUUCACAAACAAAAUUUAUAUGAAAAAACAUACAUUAAAUCAUACUGGAGAGUAAUCUUAAAAAUGCAAAAAAUCUUUCACAACCAUAAACAAAAUAAGUCAUAUAAGAUUGGUUCAUACUGGAAAUCGAUCUUAGUGUACUACUUGUUUAAAAUCCUUCAUGAGAAAACAAACAAGAUUAUACAUACAUACUUACAAUGGUUGAAUGGUUAAAACCAGAGAGUGACCUUAUUUGUGCUUUACCCGUGGAAAAUCCCUGACAAUAUGCAAAAUGAAGAGACAUUCAUUGGUUCAUACUGGAGAGCCACUUAUAAGUGCACUGCUUGUGUAAAAUCUAUCAUAAAAGAAAUUCAAUUCAAUUUAUUUAUUCAAUACAAACUCAAUGAUAAAAGACAUUAUAACACUAAGCUACAUCAGCCUCAUAAGACUUGUCC